CAAGAUGUUAAUAUAUAUAUAAAGAGCAAAGCCAAUAGUCAUACAUAGACUCUGCUCUCUCUCUACCAACAGACGGAUAAGGAGGCGCAGGCGGUGCUGUGCUUCGACCGCUCCGACCCUCCCACACCCUACUUCCUCCAAUUCCCUUCUCCCUUCAGUGGAGUAUCCGUCAAUGGCGUCCCAAGUUGUCCGUGAGUGGUCAGGAAUCAACACAUUUGCACCUGCUACCCAGAACAAGUUGUUUGAGCUUUUGGGGCAACUUAAACAAGAGAAUGUGAACUCCUUGACUAUACUUGUUAUGGGGAAAGGUGGUGUUGGCAAGUCUUCAACUGUCAACUCUAUCAUUGGGGAAAGAGUUGUUUCAAUCAGUCCUUUUCAGUCGGAAGGGCCUAGGCCUGUGAUGGUAUCGCGAUCAAGGGCAGGUUUUACAUUGAACAUCAUUGACACUCCUGGUCUCAUUGAAGGGGGAUAUAUCAAUGAUAUGGCACUUAAUUUGAUAAAACGUUUCCUUCUGAACAAGACCAUAGAUGUUUUGCUUUAUGUGGACCGCUUGGAUGCAUAUAGAGUGGACAACUUGGACAAGUUAGUUGCUAAGGCUAUAACUGAUAGUUUUGGGAAAGCAAUAUGGAACAGGGCUAUAGUUGCACUCACACAUGCCCAGUUCUCUCCACCUGAUGGAUUGCCUUAUGAGGAAUUCUUCUCAAAAAGAUCUGAGGCUCUCUUGAAAGUUGUUAGAUCAGGUGCCCGGAUUAAGAAAGAUGCCUCCCAGGCUUCUGCGAUUCCCGUUGUUUUGAUCGAGAACAGUGGGAGAUGCAACAAAAAUGAUAGUGAUGAAAAGGUUCUUCCAAAUGGGAUUGCAUGGAUUUCUAAUCUAGUCCAAAAAAUCACAGAAGUUGCAUUGAACAAAAGUGAGUCUAUUCAUGUUGAUAAGAAUUUGAUUGAAGGGCCAAAUCCAAAUCAGACUGGAAAAUUAUGGAUUCCUCUCCUGUAUGCAUUACAAUAUUUCUUUGUGAUAAAGCCGAUAGAAGGACUGAUCCAGCAGGACAUUUCAAGUGAGAGUAGGCCUUCAUGGGAGAUGCGAGAUGCAGGUUUACGCAAAAGAGAUCAAAGGGAUCUCUAUUAGCUGGCAUCUUUGUCCUCAUGAAAUUCCAUCCUGUCCAUUGUCAUCUGGGUUCCGGGUGAAUUUAGAUUGUGUUUCCAUGUACUGCAAUUCCUAGUAGUCUGCGGCGUAGGAAUUUAUUUGUGCUUUUAAGAGGAUUGUGUUGUAGUUUGCUUUUGCAUAACCCAGUUUGGUAGUAUUCCAUUUCUCAGACAUAGCACUAUAUGUGGCUGCUAUCAUAUUCUAUAACACUGGUCUGAAGUUUUUGAUUCA